UUUACUUUCGUUUAUUUUGUCUCAAAUUUCCUGUUGAAUUGCUACUAAAUUUCUGCGAUUUCGUGCGGUUUGCGCUUCAAUCCCGGCCUCAACAACAGUUUCCAGUACCAAAAUUAGAAAGUGAGAUGUCUUCAGACGAGGCUAUGAGUGUAGUGGGAAGUGAGGUAGUGCCCUUGGAGUAUGGUGGCAUGGAUUCGGAGACCAGUCCAUCUCCAACGAGUUCGGAGAGGACGGUGGAGGAGAGGAGAGAAGAAAUAGUAGUAGAGGAGGAAGAAGAAGAUAUCCCCUCGAAUGUGUUGGAAUCUGGGGAUGGGGUAGACGGGUGCUAUGACCCGGACUUAGAGAUAGUGUCCGAGGUGAGAGGGUAUGUAAGCGAAUUAGGGAGUAGGAAUAGUCUUAGGGGGUUAGUGGGGAACUGUAACCUUCCCCACCAUAUCCUAAUUAGGCCUGCCGGGGUGAAUGAGAGGGCAUGCUCAGCACCCCGAGACCAUUGGAUGCCCAUAUACCUGCACUAUUUGAUUGCAGGGCUUAGGUUUCCCAUUCCAGAAUUACUGGUUGGGUUAUUAUUAGAUUAUAGUAUAGGAAUAACCCAGCUAACUCCCAAUGCCAUGAGGGUAGUGAUAGGUUUUCUUGUAUACUGCAGAGUUCGGGGGGUUGGGUUUCCAACAGUAAAUAUGUUCAAACAUUUUUUUAUAAUUAAGGCUGGGGGUAGGGGGGAGAAGGGGUGGUACCACUUCGGUCCUCGGUCAUCCAGCAAAGGGAAUAGAAAUUUAUUCUCUCCUGGGCCGUCAUCUAUCAAAGGGUGGAAAGAAAAUUUCUUCUUUGUGGAUGACACCGAGUGGAGUAGGAGGGAUGCCGAAGUAGAACAGUUGUCUGCUUGGAAAGAGAAGAAAACCAAGCAGAACAACUAUAAGUUGAAUGAGGAUGAGAUGGAGGAGGUGAAGAAGCUGGUGAGGGAAGACGGGGACGUAGUGGAUAUCUUGUACCUCACCAGCCAGGAGGCGAUAGAUGCUGCUGAGCUUUAUGGGCCAAGCUCAUUGAGCGAAGCUGAAAUGGAAGAGUUUACCAAUGCUGCUGGGGGGCUGCGCAUCCCCAAGAAGCCAAGGAAGAAGUCAACGACUUUAGCUGCGGCGAACAGAGGGGUGCCCGAGAGAGAGCUCCUGCCCAGCACUUCAGCCCGGGCCGUGGAGGUGCAACCAAGGCCGGAGCCUGUGAUGGGGGGCAGCGAAGACGUAAGCGAGGAGACGGCACCGCUCCAGAGGAAGAAGAGGAGGGUGGCAGAGCUAGAAGGCAGGGUGGAUGAGGUGGUGGAGUUCGUGCCUCAACCUUCUCCUCCAGAAGCCAUUCCUGAGGUCCAGGAGAGAGGAGAGGCCGAGGUGCGAGGCCUUAGUGGGGGCAGGGAGCGCACCCCACCCCACGCGUACCAGAAAGGUUUGUUUGAGGCGACAAACAUGACUGGGGCGAAGCACUUUCUCAAUGCUACACUUCCUGACGUGGAUAGGAUGCAAGCGAAGAACGAGGUGCUUAGCCAUGCGGGGUAUACCGUGGUGAGGCAUGCCCUAGAGAGUGCGAGCUGGACAAACGCUCUAGCGCAGGAAUAUACGGAGAGCGUUAGAGAUCGUGCCAGCUUGCAGAGGCAAUGUGAUGUCCUGCGAAAGGAGAAGGAGGAUCUCCAGAAGGAAAAGGGGGAGUUGUAGAAGAAAAACCAGCAGAUUCA